CCUAUGCCCACUUCACCGCCAGAUAUUUUGACAGCACCUAUUCCCACCUUAGCACCAAACGCCUCAUGUGGAGGUCGAUUUUAUGAAAGUGGUAACCUAUCUUCUCCAAACUACCCGUACAACUAUACAAAUAGCCUGACAUGCACAUACUAUUUGCAAGCAAACGCCGGCUUGCGAGUGUGUCUAAGUUUUGAUGUCUUUCGUACAGAAUCUGUAUACGACGUUGUGUCUUUAUAUGAUGGUCCAAACACAAACUAUAUAUUACUUGGAAGUUAUUCGGGGAUUAGGGAUACCAGUCUCAUAAUUUGCUCGUCUGGCUCGUAUUUGACGAUGAAUUUCCUCUCGGACAACAAUAUUAAUAUGACUGGAUUCUAUGCUCAAUUCUAUUCUUCAAAUGAGACAUACAUGAGUACUACAACCCCUGGCAACAAUGCAUCGGUGGGCACUUGUGGUGGCAGAUAUCAUGAAAGUGGGCGGAUUGCUUCUCCAAAUUAUCCGGGGUCGUAUUUCAAUUACGCUAAUUGUAUCUACUACAUAACAGGGCCGUCAAAUUCCAAAAUAUGUCUGUAUUUUGAUUUCUUCGAUACGGAAUCUACAUUUGACUAUGUUCAAUUAUAUGAUGGACCAACUACGACCUCCCGAUCAGUUGGAAGUUAUUCUGGAAUCAAUGUUACAUUGGCCACUGUUUGUUCUUCUCGAUCCUCUAUGACAGUCCAGUUCAUUUCGGAUGGCAGUGUCACUUAUCAAGGAUUCCUUGCAUCAUUCUUUUCCGUUAACAAUACAAUUGGAAACUGUUCCAAGGGUUUUUUCUCCUGUGACAACGGUCGCUGCCAGGGCAUUCUUCGGCUUUGCGACGGUGUGUUGGACUGUAAUGAUGGCUCCGAUGAACGCGGUUGUGACUGCACGGGUGAUCUUGUAAGCUGCAGUUAGUUCUACAGUCAGUGUAUUCCAGCAAGUCAAGUUUGUAAGCUGCAAUGAUGGAAGCGACGAAGAAGGAUGUG